AUUGAAUCACUGGCGGGAGUAAAAUUCCAGCAAACGGAUUCAUCGACCGAAACUUUGGAGGUGUAAUUAUAGAAGUCAAAUGAAUCUUUAAAGUGACGAAUUCACGUCGUUUUUUGCAGUUAGUCUACAAACAUAGAGAUGGUGGCUAAGGGACAGAAGCGUAAGAUCCAUGGGGAUUACGAGACCGGCGGUUCCGUUUGGGAAAGUCAGCUUCAGUCUGUGUUGGACAUCUCCAUGGAUAAGUUCCACCGUGACCAGGCUUUAGUGGAGCCAAGCUUAUUACGCUCUGUCCUUAUCCACAACACACUUCGGCAAGUCCAGUUCGAGGUAGAGUCCCUGUCUGAAGUCGGAAAUCCAAAAUCGCAAGCCUUCACAGAAUUGCAGCUGGAGUCUGAUUUUUCCAGAGGUUCCACUUUAAUGAGUCAGAAUACACAUACAGAUGAGGAGGUCAUGGCCUGGUCUUCAGAGGAUGAGUUUUCUUUAUCUUCAGCCAUCUCUUCUAUUCUCAAAGAUCUAGAUGCAGUCAUAGAGGGUGGUCCAGGACCUUGUGUAUCUCAGCGGACUCCGCUUGGCUCUAUUGAGAAUGUAACAGGAGAUGGAAAGUCCACACAAUCAGGUUUGAGAACUGAAAAAACAUCUGAUAUAAUAUCACCAUCCAGCAAAAUAGACAUGAUGUAUCCUAGUGGUCUUCAGGAUGUGGCUUUAGAUAAACUGCUUCUUGACAUUGAUACAACCGUGUUUGAACCAGAGGUGAAUUUUCUGCAAGGUUUUUCUGUUAAUGCUGACGAGCUGGUCAAGUGUCUGCCAUCAAUGUCCAAAUCAUCAUCCUUAGACUCUCCCUCAUCUUCAAUCUGUCACGGUCAGCCCACAUGGGAAAUUCAUGAGAUAGAGCAUGUUAUGGACAUCCUGAUGAGAACGUGUCCACAGAGUUAAUUCUUCUGCAGUUCAUUGAUACAAAUCCAAUGGUUAUUACGUUCUUGCAUUAAAAAACAUCUGAGGAGUUCAGAUGGGAUGUUAAGAUGGUUCAUUUUGUGAAGGUUUUGAGAUGGAGUCAAUAGAAAAUUGUGUCUGUAUUUUUGUUACAUGUUGAAAGUAUUGUUCUUUAAGAUAUAAUGCACUUUUCAUCAAGUUAAAUCGCAAGGUUUUAAACCGGGUUUGAAAUACCAUACACUAUAGUCAAUGUAGUUUGCAUGUUAUCACUGUGUGUUCAAAGAGAAAAUGAAUUUAUGUGAACAAAUGUUAUCAAAUUGUUAAUAUUGUAGUUAAAAACUAUUAUGUGCAUUACAUAAGCAUAAUGUUUAUAGCUUGCGCUGUUGCGACACACACACACAAGUGGGUGCCUAUGCAAUCCUUACUAAUAAUGACAUUGUAUACUUGUAUUAUGAAUAUUAACCUCUCUUUGUAUCCUAUUCUAUGCUUCUUGAAAUAAAGUGAUAUUUGGUGACACCCAGUGGCUGGAUGGAGUAUAUUUGAGAAAUAGGGAAGAGCACGUUCU